GCGGGCUCGCCAUCCUCUUGCAGGCCCGCUCCUCCUCCCGCCGAGGCUGUGCGCCGCAGACAGCGCGAGGGGGAGCGAGCGAGCGGGCGCGGCCGGGAUCCGCAGCCCUGGCGCCCGCCGUCGCUCGCAGCCCCGCAAUAUGCCUCCGUGGCUCCCUGGCUCUUCGCCAUGGCGAGGCUCUGCCGGCGCGUCUCUUGCGCCCUGCUCCUCGGCCUGGCCGCGGUGCUGCUGAAGGCGCGGCUCGUCCCCGCGGCCGCUAGAGCCGAACUCAGCCGCUCCGACCUCAGCCUCAUCCAGCAGCAACAGCAGCAGCAGCAGCAAGAGCAAAGGCAGCGGGAGGAGGCGGAGGAGGAGAGGAUGGAGGUGGCUGGGGCAUCCUUUACUUUGGUGGUUCCAGUGUCUGUAUUUAUGCUGAAAGUCCAAGUAAAUGACAUCGUCAGUCGCCAGUACCUGAGUCAAGCCGUUGUGGAGGUGUUUGUUAACUACACUAAGACAAAUUCUACAGUAACCAGGAGCAAUGGAGCAGUAUUGAUAAAAGUACCCUAUCGAUUAGGACUCAGCUUAACCAUCAUUGCUUACAAAGAUGGCUACGUCUUGACACCUCUGCCUUGGAAAACUGGAAGGAUGCCAAUAUAUUCUUCAGUUACACUUUCACUGUUCCCGCAAAGCCAAGCAAAUAUAUGGCUCUUUGAAGACACUGUUUUGAUUACUGGAAAAUUAACUGAUGCCAAAUCUCAGCCAAGUGUUCAGUUUUCAAAAGCCUUCAUUAAACUUCCUGACAACCAUCAUAUUAGCAACGUGACCGGCUAUCUAACGGUUCUACAACAGUUUUUGAAGGGGGACAAUUUUCUGUCUGCGGUUGGAAUCACUUAUUCAACAGGUUUUGAAAAUGUUGAGUUGACUCCUCACGCUGCAAUAUGUGUGAAAAUAUAUUCCGGAGGAAAAGAAUUAAAUGUGGCUGGCCCCAUCCAUAUUUCUCUUCCUCUCCUACAUACAAGUAACGUAAAAGUAGGAGAUCGGAUACCUGCUUGGACUUUUAAUAUGAAGAUAGGUGCUUGGGUGCAUCAUGACUGGGGGACAGUCAAGGAGCAAAACGGCCAUUUGAUUUGGACCUAUGAUGCGCCACAUUUGGGCUACUGGAUAGCAGCUCCAUCCCCAAGCACUUUAGAUUUGGGUAUAAAUGAAGAUUUCCCAAACGUCAUUGGCUACCACACAGCGUUCCUUACAGCCAUCCUAGGGGGAACGAUUGUCAUCAUCAUUGUAUGUUUGGCUGCACUGCUUUGUUAUUGCAGGGAGAAGUAUGGAACACCACAGAAGAGAGAAAGGAAUAUCACUAAGCUUGAGAUCCUCAAGAGAGAUCAGACAACAUCUACAACACACAUAAAUCAUAUCAGCUCAGUCAAAGUUGCAUUGAAAGCUGAGGAUAAACCGCAGCUGUUUAAUGCCAAAACUUCCUCCUACAGUCCCCAGAAAAAGGAAACCACAAAGACAGAGACAGAAGAAAGAAUUCCCAUGGUGAAAACUCGGGACAAUUUUAAAAUCUACAAUGAAGAUGUUUCCUUUCUGUCAGUUAAUCACAAUAACUAUUCACGAAACCCAACACAGCCUUUGGAGCCAAGUAUAGGGAGCAAACAGCCUAAACAUAUGAACAACAAUCUCUCUUCAUCACUGGGUGACGCUCAGGAGGAAAAGAGGUAUCUUACGGGGAAUGACGAGGUGUAUGGGCGUUCCCACCUUCCAGAGCAGCUCAUGCACAUAUACAGCCAGCCCAUCGCCAUCCUUCAGACGUCUGACCUCUUCUCCAUGCCAGACCAGUUACAUGCCGCCAAGUCUGCCACUUUACCAAGAAAGGGACAAUUGGUCUAUGGCCAACUGAUGGAACCAGUGAACAGAGAGAACUUUACACAAACAUUGCCCAAAAUGCCAAUGCAUUCUCACACACAGGACCCGGAUGCCAGAGAAGAAGACAUCGUACUUGAAGGCCAGCAGAGCUUGCCGUCCCAGACCUCGGAUUGGAGCCGAUACUCCAACAGCUUGUUGGAGUCAGUGUCUGUUCCUGGAACUCUAAACGAAGCAGUUGUGAUGACCCCCUUUUCGUCGGAACUUCAAGGAAUUUCAGAACAGACCCUCCUCGAGCUGUCCAAAGGUAAGCCCUCUCCGCAUCCCAGGGCUUGGUUUGUGUCUCUCGAUGGAAAGCCUGUGGCCCAAGUGAGACACUCCUUUAUAGACCUGAAGAAAGGCAAGAGAACCCAGAGCAAUGAUACGAGCCUCGACUCUGGGGUCGAUAUGAACGAGCAUCAGUUAAGCAGGAAGCUGGAGAGGGAGAAAACGUUCAUCAAGAGCAUGCAUCAGCCCAAGAUCCUUUACCUGGAAGACUUAGACCUGAGCAGCAGCGAGAGUGGAACCACCGUCUGCUCCCCCGAGGAUCCUGCGCUGAGGCACAUCUUAGAUGGAGGGGGAGGGGUUAUCAUCGAGCACCCUAGGGAAGAGUCUCCAGGAAGGAAGAGCACCGUGGAAGACUUUGAAGCCAACGUGUCUCCCACUAAAAAAAGAGGCCGGCCACUGCCGCUAGCCAAGAGAGAUAGCAAGACUAACAUCUGGAAGAAACGAGAGGAACGCCCACUGAUUCCCAUAAACUAAUUGUGAGAGCCGCGCGGGAGGCAUAUGUCUCUGUCGUCUCACGGUGUGUAUUCUUGCUUCUUGUAAAUUGCAGUGUGAACCUCUUAGGAAGCUGAGACUGAGCAAAAUCUCACGGGCCAUAGAGACGCCUCGAGGAAAGUGGAUGGUAAAAUAAUCAUUCGAAAAUCAGAAAUGUCCUCUCUGGCCUGUUCUUUUUCUUUCAUUGGAUUUUUUUGGGUGAUAAAGUUAUCAAAAUGCAAAACAAUGUGAAGAUGUUCCCUGAAGAUGUUGCUCAGUUCGCUGGUUGGUCCUGGCUCUUCAGAACACAGCUGUGGAAUGUGUAGUAGUCGCUUUCCAGAAUCCUGCCUCUGCCUUGGUCUUAGAAAAGUAGGUGUUUUCUUCAGGCCUCAUCCUCGUGCAGUGUGACCGUGGUGCCCUUCCCUGCCUACGCUUAAAAACAACUGGAUAAAUGUUUGUAUGGAUGUUAGAGACCAACAGCAUUCUCUUUUUUUAAGAUUAAUGGCUUGUGGAUUGUCACCACCAAAGUAAAUCCUGUGCUCCUAUAACAUGGGCAGGAAGCCCCCCAGUUCGUUAGAGGAGGAGACCCGAUUCUGGUUAUUUGGGGAUGUAGGUUUAUAGAGUAAAUAAGAUACUGACUUGUGUAGAAAUUUGAGAAAUGAAAACUCUGAUAUUGUCUUUUUUUAUUUCGAAUGAAGUGACCUUAGUUGCCAGCUGAGAGGAGGUUUUGAGUUUAAGGUUCACAAAUCCGUAAAGGCUAACAUUGGGUUUUUGGUUUUUUUUUUAAAUAUAUUUUUGUUGAGAUUCUCCCCCAUUCAAAAUCAGUCAUUUACAAACUGUCAAAUUUGAUUUAAAAUACAAAAACUCUUCUUUAGAAUGCUGGGAAAUGAACAGACUGUGGAGACAAAAAGAAAUGGAUAUUUUGUGUAAUUGGACAGGAAAAGAAAGACCAAUUCCCUGAUAUUUAAAAAAAAGAUCUCCGGCUUUGAGUUACACUGCUGGAUGUGGACACUUUGGAAUGAUGGGAGAAGAACAGUCUGGGGUUCCAGGGGACCUGUUCCUCGUCUCCUGUGCCCUGCAGCGUCACUGCCAGUGUGGUUAGUACUGUUCUCUCAGUGUGAACUCAGGAGCUGUUUUCAAUUAUGGGUCCUCAACUCUCCUAAACAGAAAAGCUCUCUGAUACCAUCAACCAUCCUGUCUUACUUAUAGUUUUUCAUGAGGACACAUUUGUACAGCAGCUCACCCUCCUUUUUUUUUUUUUUUUGGUAGGAAGUGGUUCUUCUCACCCCCUACCAUAUAAGCAACUUCAAGCCACCUAAAUAACUUUGACACUCAAACUCUGUGAAAUGGUAGAAACUUAGGCAAUGGAAGUCAGGAGCUCUUCUCCUGAGAAAACAGACUUCAGCCCGCUUUUGCUAUAACCACUUCUGAAAUAUCUAUCUGUCUUAACUCUCUUGGCUUUCUGCAUUUAACCCAAAGAAUGCAAAGGCCUUUGCCUAUGUUUCUCAUACAUUACCCCUCUCCUUAUAUGUUUGGGUAACACAUAGGCUUACUACUGGGGGUAGAGUGACAUGGCUCAUUUUCAGAGGAGGCUUUUUAUUGGUUCUACACAGAAAUCGAUCAUACACAGCAUGAACACGAACAAAAAACAAACAAAACAAAACAAAACAAAAAAACCAACCUGGAGAAGUUUAAGGAGUUAGUGCUCUGUGGAAGUGCCUUUGUCUCAGACUUGCGUUAGGAUUAAUAACAUCUUUCUUCCAUGUACAUUUUGUUAGCCAAAUUAAACAGAUGGGCGGUUAAGAAAUAUAGACCUAGUGUUUCACGUUGGAACAAGGAGUUUUUGCAUGUAACAUUUUUGUGUGUGUGUGUGUGUGUGUGUUGUUUUUCGAAUCCACAAGAUAUUGAUAAAUUGUUUAUAUUGGAAUGAGGUUAGGAACUAUAUGGUAAAAUGCUGCACCCGCUCAACACUUUAAGUAUAUAUCCUCACCUUUGAAAGGGUUUCAUGUCUCAACUGGGCGAUGACAUACACACAAACGUGAGUAUAUGGUCCAAGUACGACAGUGACUUCACUCAUUCUUGUCUAAGGGGAAGUGAGAUGAGGUAUCCUAAGGGCUUUUAAAGAAUUUUAACUUAACGAAAUACUUAAAAAAAAAAAAAAAACCCACUGGAAUGAGGUUUUUGAUUGGGAGUGUUGGGCAGUUUAUCUUUCCUAAUCAGAGGAAUGUGACUUCUCGAUUGCGAGCUGUUCACAGUUCCCGGUAAAAAGUUGAAGCCAUCUACUUUUUCUUAACCCAAGUGAUAAACCGACAGUACUCACUACUUUCUUAAAUUUUUAAAUUGAAAGCCAAUGCAGACUUUUGCAUAUGUAAACCAGAGAAUUUUGGUUACAAAUUGUUGACCUUUGUGGAUCCUUUGUACAUAGUUUGGAUAUAUCUUGAAGGCAAAGCUAUCAAUGAACCGAUGGAGUCAAUGACUAAAGCACAGCUAUGUGCACUUUUGAAUACACAUGACCUUGAAACUUUAUAAAACCCAUUUUUAUGACUUUCUGCAGUUGAACAGGAAUCAUGCCCUUUUAUAAUUCACAGAUUGUCACAAAGAUCACAAAGACGGAGGAAUAGGAGUUCUGCUUUGCUCUGGCCAGUUACUGUAAGGCCAGUUUCUGUAGAUUUGAAUCCUCCACCAUCGAUAGCCAUUUUAGGGUUUUAGACAUUUGGGGGUCAAAUAUUGUCUUUUGAAACUUCCCAGAAAGGUAAAGCUCAAAACUCCAUAUGUAUUUCUAUGGCUUGAGUUACCCUUGGUUGUGUGUGGACGUCAUAAAGAGGUCUGCUCAGUUUUUACUUCAGAUCUAGAGCUGAUGUCUUGUUCCAGGUGUUUCCCUUUUUCUUUUUCCUUUGUCUUCCUUCAUCAGAGAGAUCUCACGUCUUGGUGUAUUUAUUGCUGUUACUCUAUUUCUUGAACAGUCUGAAGAUUUGUAAAAUGUUACAAACAGUUCAUUAAGGAUAAUAAAAUCAACCUAAUGUAUA